GGCCAUGCGGGGAGCGGCGGCCCUGGUGCUGCUGGUGGCAGCGCUGAGCGGGAAAGGUGCUGCCGGGGGGGGCUGUCCCGCACAGAGCUUGGGCUGCAAGUGCGGGGCCGAACGGACCAAGAGCCCCGGCGGGGCCCCCGCACCCCGGCGGAGGGUGGUCUGCAGCGGCGGGGGGCUCCCCGCACCUCCCGAGCCGCAACUGCUGCCCGACGGCACCGCCACGCUGCUGCUGAGCAACAACAAGAUCACGGUGCUGGAAAACGGCUCCUUUUUUGGGUUGUGGGCUCUGGAGAAGCUGGAUCUGAAGAACAAUCUGAUCAGCACGGUCCAACCCGGAGCCUUCCUGGGUCUCCCGGAGCUGAAGCGUCUGGACCUCUCCAACAACCGCAUCGGCUGCCUCAGCGCCAGCGUCUUCCAGGGGCUCCCCAACCUCCUCAGGCUGAAUAUGUCUGGGAACAUCUUCUCCAGCCUCCCCCCCGGCGUUUUCGACGAGCUUCCCUCCCUGAAAGUCGUGGACUUCUCCACCGAGUACCUGACGUGUGACUGUAACCUGCGGUGGGUGCUGCCCUGGGCCCGCACCCGCACGGCGCAGAUCUCGGAGCGGACGCUGUGCGCUUAUCCCCGGCGCCUCCAGGGGCUUCCCCUGCGCGGGGUGCGGGAUUCCCAGCUGGGAUGCGCGGGCGCCCCGGAGCUCCACACCCACCACCUGAUCCCGUCGCUGCGCCAGGUGGUUUUCCAGGGCGACCGGUUGCCCUUCCAGUGCACUGCCACCUACCUGGAUAACAGCACCCAGAUCCGGUGGUACCACAACCGGCAGCCAGUGGAGGAGGACAAGAGGACGGGAGUCAUCGUGGAGGAGAGCCUGAUCCAUGACUGCACCUUCAUCACCAGGAAAGGGAGGGAAGAAAUGGCUCCUUCCAAGAAAAAUGCAAGGAAAAAGUACCUGAAGUCUCAGGAGAGCCUCAAUCCUUGA